AUGGCUUCUACAUCGACGAAGGCAACUGCCACAAAAUCAAUUAUGAAGCCGGUAACGACUUUGAAGAUUCAUGAACAGGACUCCGAUAUUUCAUCCAUAUCCUACUUUCCUGACGGUCAGCGAAUGAUCAGCGGAACUGAGAAUGGGACCACUCGGCAAUGGGAUCUGAAGGCGGGUAGGGAGAUUGAGGAAGCGCGGGAUGUUUGGAAGAAGGAGGUAUGGGCAGUUGCAGUAUCAAGGGAUGGUCGAUGGGUUGUGACUGCAGGUGGAGAUGACGACACUGGGGAACUGAAAGCCUGUGAAGUUGAGACGGGGAUUGUGAAAGAAUUUAAAGGCCACUCAGAGAGGAUCUACUGCAUUGAUAUCUCCGCGGACGGACUGCUGGCGAGUGGGGCCCUGGAUCGGACAGUACGAAUAUGGAACUUGGACACCGGCAAACUCGUGGCCGGUCCAUUCAAGAGGGAUGAUUCUGUAAGCGCAGUUCGAUUCUCGACAGAUUCGAAGAAGCUCGCGAUCAACUCAUGGGUGGGGAAGUGCCUUGAGAUCUGGGAUGUCCAAACACAGAAAUUGAAUGUGAGGAAAGGGACAGUGGAUGGUGGAGGAGGAGACACAUCGACGCCAAUUUUUUGGACAAACAAGAACAAAACCAUCUUGGCCGCAUUCACCUUCACGGACAAUGACACCCAGACGAUCUACGAGUUCGACGCACCGACGCUGGAGAUUGUCGGAACUCCCUUCGAAGGGCACACCGACCUUGUCACCGGUCUAGCACUUUCAUCCGACUGCACUCUCCUUGCCAGCUCUUCCAACGACAACACCGUCAAGCUCUGGGCCUUCGAGUCCCGCCAACUCCUCGCUUCCUUCAACGUUCAAAAUCCCCGUACCCUUGUCCUCUCACCCGACUGGCGCCAACUAGCUUACGUGACAUACAGGGUCAGUUACCAGAGGUACGAGAUCCACAUAUGCAACAUUCCACCCAACGUCCUUGCUCAGGCCCGUACAAGGGCACAAAACAAGUCAACCAUCACUGAUAUACUAAAAUCUGAUGCAACUCGUCCGCCUCCUGCCGUGCAUCGCAGACAACAAAUACCCGUCAUACCUAUGCCACAGAGCCCUCCUCCUACAAUCGACCCGCCGCGACCCAUUUUCCUUCGCCUCCGCAAACUUCUUCCCUUCUCUUCUCGCACGACCACAGAACUUCGUGGUCCCCUGGAUCGCCCUGCUACAUUGCCCCUACCAUCCCAACUCUCUCUCUCGGGGCAGGCCACAGCUCAGUUUGAAAAUCUCGAAAUAAGUUCUCCACCUCCUCCCUCGAAUGGGGUCCCACGAUUCCUGCGGCAACACCUUUCUUUCCUCGUACCAAGACACAGCCUUGGGCCGCCAGUUAUUGAUGUCGCAGCCGGGCGGAAGUUCACUCGUUUAGCUGCUGCCAAAUUACCGGAAUACCGAAAAGCAGACGACACCCGAUAUCCGUCUGGGCAGCGGGACAUCGAGUCAUCUGACAAUGAUUCGCUCCCAGAUGUGCAUUGGUUCAAGGCGUUCUUAUGCUAUUAUUCGUGCUGGUCUCAUGGGAGACUGAGGAAGCCUCCUCGAUGGCGCCUGGAGCGUGUCGAUAUACCCCGCCAGGAUGGUGCAGCAAAUAGCAGCCAUGUUGUGACUAGCCAGCCACAGCCGAGGACAGGACCAUCUGGCCUUGUGAACAAUGUCGACAUCCUCAAUCGAGUCGCUGUGCCUCAUCCCAGGGUCCAGCACGAAGAGAUUGAAUUAAAACCAAUGGCUAGUCGAUCUCAGCCAGAGGCAGGACCAUCUCGCCUUGUGAUGACUGACAAAGACCUAGAGGCGCAGUCUUCGUUGUAAAUAUGAUAUCCGUCGAGCAUUUUCUCUGUUGAGUCUCGCAUAUGCAUUGGACCUGUAGCUUCGAUACCGUGUUUUGUCCCUUCUUUCGUAUGACUAUAGUUUUAUAUUGACCUUUCAAAUUAAUGUAGCUGGUGUUGUGCUUGAAAAUC